AUGGUCUCCCUCAAGGACAUGCGCACGAGCCUCGCGGCGCUCAAAGACGUCAACAACCUCGUCGCGGUCGUACACUGCGUCCACGCCCUCGUGCUCAUCGUCGGCAGAAACGCCGCAGCGGCCGACAAGAUCGUCAGAGAAUGCCGAGAAUCGUCACCGACGUCGGAAUUUGAAUUUCUCGCCGAAGACAUCAUCCUUCUUCAAGGCGUCGACCGUGUCUGCGCCAAAAUCAGGGCAAGGGUAGACAAAGUUGACCUUUUGUUCAUGACUCCCGAUUUUCUCUCCUUUGCUAGUAGACAAGUGUACGGCGAGGCAGGCUUUCACCUAGAUGACCUGGAUCUCAAGUCUCACUCUGGCCUACUAGUGGGUACCUCGCACGCCUCUCUAAUGACUAGCUUGGCAAACGAGGAACUUGCCGUUCGACAUCCCAGCACCUCCUUUGUCCACGUUUUCCCGGAAUGA